CCUCUUCUUGUGCAUUGCUUUCCCACGUCUCUUCUUUCCAGGAUCGAUCGUGAUGGAGAGCUUUUGGUGAGAUGCGGCCUGCACAGCACAUCUGAGUGGAGCCCUUGCUCUUCUCGAUGUGUGGCCUGUCUUACUGUUAGCACCUCAGCCUACGCUUUCGUUGUGAUCAUUGCCGAGCUGCGGAUCGGUGAAGCCUAAAAAUAGCAGAUGUGUAGUCUAUUUCUCCCGUGUAACUGUAAAGGCAACUGUUGCAGUGGUGUUUGCACCGCUCAUUUACACAAUCCUCUCGUUUUCAUUCGUGCAUUGUGACUACUGUAGCUGAUCUACGCUACAAAGUGUGAUUUCACUGUUUUGAGUAUUCCACCACCCAUCAUCGACUUUGACCUUGACGUGCGUGGUUGCGCGGAGUGUUGCGAAAGUAACUACAUCAGGCGGUAGAUCUACACCCGUUCCUGGAUUCCUGCUGUGUGCGCGCUCAGCACCUACUGUUCAGACUCCGACUGAAGUAACAAACAGUUAGUUCUGUGUUGCAAGUGAGCUAGCUAGUAGUAGCUGUGUGUAGUGGAGUUUGAGUUUGUCGGGAAUACGCUCGGAGACGGAGAGUUCAGAAUCUUUCUUCCGCUCCAGUCUUGGCUUCUGAGCUCUGAAGUUUGCUUUCGUUAGUGACCAUCAUCUAGAACUAGUGCCGAGCAGACCUACUCUUUCUUACAUUGUUCGCCGGGGCCACUGCUCCAGAACAGCUGUACAAGCGGACUCUCGGGUCCACUCCAACGAGAAAUUGCUGCCUUUCUUGGGAUCAUAGUUGUCGGCAAGUGACGCGGCGGAGAAGCCGAACUCGGACCACCUCGAAGCUCCAACAAACGAAGUGUAUUCCACCCAAACCCUGUAAUAAUCUGUGAUCAUGGACAGUAGACCAAGCCAAACCCGUGGAGAGGCAACGUGUAGCUCUGCACCCGACUUGAGCAAGAGUCAGCGACAUAGGAAAGCGUUGAAGGAUGGUUCUCUUGAUGAAGAGGGACAACACUACACAGUGGGCGACAACCAAAAGGAGGGCUGCGAUUGGGUCGGCGUUCUAGCUGAACUAACGAGCCAUCUGGAUAUCUGCGACUAUGCACUGGUUGCGUGUAGCAACAUUGGCUGCACGGAGAAGAUGCAGCGACGCCUGCUCAGCGCUCACAUUCGCCGCGACUGCCCGUACCGCCAGGACUGCUGUCCGCAUUGCAAGACCAGCUUGCGUUCUGCUCUUCUCAUUGCCCACAUCCAGAAUGACUGCCCGGACGUGGAAGUCACAUGCCCCGUGCAAGGGUGUACCAAGAAAAUGGCAAGGCACCUCACCACUGAACACAUGGACAAGGAGUGCCAGGAAAGAGUGACGUUAUGUGCGUUUGGCUGCGAGGAAAAGGUUAGACGUGCAGAUCUGCCUAUGCACAUGAUGGACCCGGUUAUGAACCUGCUGCACGCACAGCAUUCCAUGAGGCUCAGCGGCCGACUACAGGCCAGCCUGCAAGAAUGCCAGUCACAAGUACACCUCCUGCAACAGCAGCUGGAUGACAAAGAGAGGGAAAAUCAGCAGCUACGUGACGACGUUAAGAAACUGAAGCGUGACGUUCACGGCAAGGACAGCAGGGCACUGGUGAAGAUGGAGGAGAAGAUUGAGACUUGCCAGCAGCUAAGCCAGCGUAAUGUGUGCGCUGUGCGAGAUCUGAGCAGCUCACUUCAGACUGUGAAGGAGAAGUCGGAACGACGCUUCACUCAGGAGGACCGCGUAGCGGAGCAGCUAGACUCCCUGGACCUGAGGAUGCUGGAGCUGGAGACGACAUCUUACGAUGGCGUGCUGGUCUGGAAAAUCCUAUCCUUCAGUCACUUACUGGAGGAGGCAAAGAAGCCAGGUGGCAAGACGUCGCACUACUCCCAGCCAUUCUACACUGGUCGUCAUGGUUACAAAGCCUGUGCUAGGCUUUACCCCAAUGGAGACGGCAUAGGUUUCGGCAAAGCUCUUUCGCUCUUCUUCGUCGUGAUGGCUGGCGAGUUUGACUCUAUCGUCCCCUGGCCAUUCCACCAGCGUGUCACCUUCACACUCUUUGAUCAGGCAUCCACGUCGCAGCAUCACAUCUCCGAAACAUUUCUGCCAGAUAUAAACAGCUCAAGUUUCAAGAAGCCGACUUCGGGCAUGAAUGUGGCCUCAGGGUGUCCUUCCUUUGUGACGCACACUACACUCAACGCUUCACCUCAUGACUACUUAAAGGACGACACCCUGUUCCUACGCAUACGCAUCGACAAGACCAACCUCUAGCUGCGUCAUUGCAACAAGGGACCGAGGGCGCUGGCUCAACCACCACCGUGUGCGCAACCUGGUAAUAUCAACUCUCAGCAAACGUCAAACGGCUCAUGAUGCUCUCUGCUGGGCAUCAUGAUUUAUGGUUCUGGAUCACAGUAAAUGUCAAUAGUUUGUUCUUAGCUAGUAUCACCAUGUCAUCAUCCCUUUCUUGUGGUGCAGAGUAAGUAGUAUGGAAACGAAUAUUCGUGCUCUUUUCUUGUUAUCGACAAAAAAACUCCCUUAACUUAUCCCAGUUCCGCUGACCAUUAUUAAUUAAUCUCCUUUGCCUUUCGGGUAUCCCACUGCAUCCAUGCAUUUAUCUGUUGUGCCGCGAGCAUCACAAGUAGGCAAGCUGUCAAAAUCCAACCCUUAUUUUUCACUCUAUCCCAUUGUUCCUUUCACUGAUUUCUUCUCUUAUCCGAAACUACUCUUUCCUGCCUUAUGGCUAUGUAAAACAUUCUAGCCAGUGAACUUUUUCCACUAAAACAAAUUACAGAAAUUUGUUAAAACAAAUCCGCAAUUUCUGUAAAAAAAUCCUUUUGCAUUGA